AUGUCCUCCAACCUCAACAACCCCGGACACAUCCAACUUAAACCCCUCCCAACACUAAGCUGCGAAUUCUGCCGCCACCGCAAAAUCAAAUGUGACAAACUUGAUCCUUGCACAGCAUGUCAACGAGCGGGCGUGAAGUGCGAGUCUAUCCGGCGCAAGAGGUUGCCUAGAGGUCGACAUAUCGCCAAAUCUGUUGCGGGGAGAGGGAGAGGUAGUACUAAUGAUAAAAUGACGCGGCACGAUGCUUUAAAGGAGAAGAUUGAUAGGUUGGAGGCGCUUGUUAAUGUUGCGUUGAGUGAGGCUGAUGGGAAAGGAGGAAGUGGCGGUGCGGGAGAGACUGCUUCUACUUCUUCGGCGGCCGGGAUGACGGGGAAAGUCGUUUCGAGGGAUGGAAAUCAAGGGAGUGAUGGUUUUGAGCCCACGCCGAAUGCGUUGGUUUCGCAGUUUUGGUCUAGUGUUAUUAAUGAGAUUCGCGAAUCGCGUGAAUCGCGCGGGUUUGCGGGUGAUGAUACGGAAGGUGAUGAUGAUGAAGAUGACGAGGAGGAAGAGGAGGAGAGUGAGGUCGAGAAUGAAGAAGCUAAAGGCGAAAGAGUGCAUCUUGCACAAGAACCGGCUCGUGCUUAUUUGCCAUUCAUGGGCCUGUCGCUAGGACGGCUGGGCCAUACCCUACCGCACUCAUUGMCCCUACGCCCAUCGCCCGCCAUUACAGCUGCACUGUGCGAUAUCUACCUGAACCAAAUUGACCGAAUCAUAAAAGUGCUACACCGGCCUUCACUGCAACGGCACCUUUUAGAAGGAAUCCCCUACCCCUCCUCGCUUAAAAGCAAAAGCUCGCGCGAAGCUGAGAAUGCGCUCGAUACAGCAGUUUUUUAUUCAGCGGUUGCGAGUAUGACGGAUAGACAGUGUUAUAAACUUUUCCAAUGCAGCAGAAAUGAAGUACUGCCGGAAUAUCAAAGUGCAUGCGAAAUGGCGUUGGAGAGGGCUGAUUUGAUGCGGACUACUGAUAUGAUGGUUCUACAAGCGUUUGUCCUUUAUCUGGUGGCUACUCGCGCUCACGACAAGUCCCGCGCCGUCUGGACUCUGCUGGCCACAGCAGUCCGCGUCGCUCAAUGGCUCAACCUGCACGUCGAGUCCCUGAGCCAGACAGAAACGUUCUUCAACCAGCAGAUGCGCAAACGGCUCUGGUUUACUAUCUGUUUGCUAGACCUUCAGACCUGUUUCGACCCGGACUCGCGGCCCCUGAUAACCCUUGAAAUGACACAGCCCACUUUACCGCUCAAUGUGAAUGAUGCGGAUUUUGAUCCUUCGUUUGACAACAGCGGCAGCACUGCGUUGCAGGAGCGCGAUGAGGUGACGGAUAUGACUUUUGCUUUAUUCACGUAUAACUUACAGUUCUGUGGGCGGCGAUUGUAUUACAUCCCUCGCGGCGCGCACUCGGCACGGGAGGAUAUCCUGUCGGAUUUUAAGAAUAGUGUCCUGCCGCUGACACGACAUUGCAACCCGGACGAUAACAAUUAUUCGUGGCUUGUGUACUAUGCAUCGCAGAAUCUGAUAUCAUCGACGCAGUUGCAUACUUUCAGACGGCCUGACUUUGUUAGUCAGCAGCAGCAGCAGCAGCAGCAGCAGCAACAACAACAACAACAACAACAACAACAACCAUCUCUACUGGAACUGUGUCUAAGAAAUCUCGAAAAUAUCCCGCGCAUCCAUGGUGAUGACCGCGGAGAAGGAUUUAGGUGGUAUAUACAACCCCAAUGGCCCCAGAUCCUGCUCGCUAUCAAAGAAUGCUUCGUUACAACCGACGCAGCUCUGCUGAAGCGUGCCUGGCCACUGAUCGAAGACGUCGUCGGCCACUACGAGAGAACGCACCGUGGUCCAAACACGAGCUCGCGGAAGUCGAUGUUGCGAAAGUCGCUGAGAAGGGCGCGGAGAAGAGUUGAUUCGAUUAUUCAGUCUGCGGAGGAAGAUUAUCAAAAUAUCCAGGCGAACGGGUUUGAGGAUCUGCCGGAUAUAGAUGUUGGAUGGGACGAGUUGUUUAAUGAUUUUUCGUUUGGAGAGUUUCCCAAACCGCCGGCUGGGAGUGAAGUAUUCCUCUACCGCGAAACGCAAUCGCUAGUCUAUGAAGACAACCUCGCCCGCGAACUCGGCAAGGAUACAGCCUGCGAUAGUUUUUUUCAUGUAUAUGCCUCAAGUUUUGAGCGUACAAUCUCUGAAUGGGCUAUUCCGACUGAUCAUGCUUCUUCGGGGAUUGUGCGCUAUCCCGCUUUGCACAAUACAUUGUAUGAUAGUGUCCAACGGCUUGAUGGGAAAGCCUCCGCAUUGAUUGUGCGACGCACGAGUCCCGGACAUUGUCAUCGAGCAAUCAGAGCUUUGAGAUUGACGGUUAUGGCGUUUGCGAGUCAGUCGAAUUGUAUCAAAAGAGCGGUUUCGCGGGAUGACAGAACGCAAGCGUAUGGAGAGGUGUUUGUCUCUGCGAAUGAUUUUCAGACUCUCCUCUUUCAGACGCUGUGGCAUGAAGCGCGGCGGUCGCUAGAGUGGUUUGUGGAGGAGGACUGUCUUCAGUCGAUUCUUGCAAAGAUUAUCUUUUGCUUGACGCACAGUCCGUACUAUUACUUGCGAUACGAGGACUCUGUUUCGAGGCGUGAUCCGCUUGCAUACGAUAGUCCUGAUAUAAUGGCAUUGAGAAAGACGCAUUUCGACAAGGCGUUGCAGUCUUUGUCAUUGUGGAAAAAGGAGUUGCAGCAUCUCUUCCAGGACCCGGAACGACUGCAAAAGUCCAGGGUCGAUAUUGACGAUGAAGAUAUAACCAGUUUCUGCCUUUUUGUCAAAUUUGCCAUCAUAUGUGAUGAAACGAGUGCCGUGCUGUGGAAUAGAGAUUUACUCAUUGCUGAAGAAGAAGGAGAUGUGGCCUGGCCUCAAAACGGGUUUAGUAAAUCCUUACAGACCUUGUCCACGGGAUUCACGAACCCAAGUCCAAGUCCAUCUGCGCAGUCUGGACAGGUCACGCCGCAGAACCAGAAUCAUACCAGUCCCCCACGACAACCGCUGAAAUUACCCUGGAACAACCUCAUCACCGCCGAUAUCUUCCUUCAAGCGAACUUCCUCAAAGCUUCCCUGUGGCGGAAGCUAGGUCAAAUACGCAGAUUCGCUCGUCGCAGCCCUACUCUCACUGGAAACCCCGAGACGUACAUCCAAGAAACACUUCAACUAUUCCACGAAUGGGGCACGUGCUGCGCAUCCUUCAUCGAGAACUGCAUGGCGUCAAUCACCACUUCGUCCUUUGAUCUUCAAGCGUUAUUUUUCGGGCACGUCAUGCACUGGCAUCUCGGCGCGCUCCUUUUCGCGACUGAAGUCGAGCUAUUAGAUGCCACUAGUCGUUCGGACAGCGUACGCAGUUCCAUUCGACGCUCAACGGGCCUCACUAGGGAACUGAGGAAGGACAGCGUCUACGCAAUCUCUGAUUUGGCGCGUGCAGCAAAUCGACUUGCGAUAGAGGGCGUGAGUCGCCAACAGGUCGAUACACGAAGAGGAGAUUACUACAAGCAUCCGUUACUCGUCGGCCCGCCGUCUGCCGUCAGUCACAUUGUGUUUAGCGAAACGUGUGAGAUUCUGAUGGAAUGGAGGAACCAGCUGCUAUUCAAGCUGGGGGGUCAUCGACCCGGAAGUUCAAGGUGUCAGGAUGAGGAGUAUCUUGCUGAUAUAGUGGGGCGGUUGGGUCAUUGUAUCAAUACACUUGACUUGUUAGGGGCGAAAUCUGUUGUUUCGAAGGGUUAUGCGCAUGACUUGAGAACGAGGCUUGAUAUUGAUCGGGGGUUGUAUUGA